AAGUGUCAGGCUCCGUCAUGAAGUCGCUCCUGCUGCUCCUCUCCGUCCUCUCCCUCCGGACCCACGGGGCCCGCUCCUCCUAUGGCAGCUCUCCGGACCGGGUUCCGGUUCUGGACCUGCAUCUGGACCUGUCCUCCUUGCUCCACCGGCUGGACCCGCGCUUCCUGUCCGUCACCAUCGACGCGAGCCUGGCGGCGGAGGAGCGCUCCAUGCUGCUGCUCAGGACUCAGAAGAUCAGGACUUUGGCCAAAGCUCUGAGUCCGGCUUUCCUGAGGUUUGGGGGGACGCGGCAGGACUUCAUGGUUUUUGACCCUAAAGGCGGCCAGCAGCUGACUGCGGCGCCGUCUGCAGAGGAGGCCUGUGGCGCCGUGCAGCUUCCCGCUUUGCUGGAAGGAGACCUGAAACAGAACUGGACCCAGCAGCUGCUGCUCCUGCAGAAAGAGGAGCACCAGGGGAGGUACCGCCGGACCCAGUUCACAGAACUCACCGUGGACCAACUGCAGUCCUUCAGCAGCUGCUGCGGCCUGGACCUGGUCUUUGGCCUCAACGCUCUGCUCCGGACGGCCCAGAACCGCUGGAACAGCAGCAACGCCGCUUCGCUGCUGCGCUACUGCGAGUCGCGCCGCUACCGCAUGUCCUGGGAGCUGGGGAACGAGCCAAACAGCUUCGAGAAGAAGGCGGGGAUCCGGGUGGACGGCGGUCAGCUGGGCCGGGACUUCACCCGGCUCAGGAAGAUGAUGUCCGAGUCCAGCCUGUACCGGGACGCCGGACUGUUUGGGCCGGACGUGGGUCAGCCGCGGGACCACCGGGCCGACAUCCUGGGGGGCUUCCUGCAGAGCGGAGGGGGGGCCAUCGACGCCUGCACCUGGCAUCAUUACUACGUGGACGGCAGAGCGGCUUCUCUGGAGGAUUUUCUGGACCCCACGGUUCUGGACUCGUUGGCCGUGAAGACGGGUGAAGUUCUGGAGACGGUGAAAAGGGCGUCUCCAGGGACGCCGGUGUGGCUCGGAGAGACCAGCUCGGCGUUCGGGGGCGGAGCCGCAGGGCUGUCGGACUCCUUCGUUGCAGGAUUCAUGUGGCUGGACAAACUGGGCCUGGCUGCCAGAAUGGGCCUGGACGUGGUGAUGAGGCAGGUUCUGGUCGGGGCCGGAAGUUACCACCUGCUGGACGAUGACCUCAAUCCACUUCCUGAUUACUGGCUGUCGGUUCUUCACAAGAGGCUGGUUGGACCAGAGGUUCUGAACGUUGACGCGGUCUCUGGUGCUGGAGGUGGUCGGCGGGUCCGGUCGUACCUGCACUGCGCCAACAGGAGGAGCUACAGAGACGGCGCCGUGGUUCUGAUGUCCAUGAACCUGAGCCCGAGGCCCGUCAGGAUGCAGGUUCCGGUUCCGGUGUCGAACAGCACGGUGGAGACGUUCGUCCUUCAGUCCGAUCGUCCCGGGAUGGACGGCCUCCGAUCCAGGUCUGUGAAGCUGAACGGAGUUCUGCUGGAGAUGGUGGACGAUGAAACUCUUCCUCUGCUCGCCGGGGUUCCUCUGCCUCCAUCAGACCACCUGCAGCUUCCCGCCUUCUCCCUGGCCUUCUUUGUGUUCACGGACGCCGGGGCGGCGGCCUGCCGCUGACCCGUAAGACCUCAGGUGGGACUCUGAUGUCCUGAAAACGUCACGGAAGUGUUUGAUGUGUUAACGGAAAUAAAGAAUGGAAAACGUUUGAAAAGUU